CAGUCUUUGUGACCACCUCAACGGGGACUAGGUUCUUUGGAACCGAACCUCGGUAAAACAAAUCACGGGGACUAGAUUCAUUGAUUUCUCUUUUUUUAAUGUAAUGACAGUAGUUUUGCCUUUUAAUUAAAAAGAAAAAUAAAAUUGAUCCAGUUUUAAAGAAAAUCUAGCCAAAAACCUACACAAAGUGCACAACAGAGAAAACUGGCGAAAGGCCCCAUAAACGACCCAGACAACCGCAACUCGACACACAAAGCUUAUUUAGAGUCAUCGUUGUCGAGCUCAACACAAUGGAUAUGCAACUCCGACCAUGGGCGGACCCACAGGGGAGUCCGGGUGGGCCCUGGCACACCCUAAGCCAGGCCCACCGGGGACCCCACCCGGCCAUCCGGCAUCGGCCGUUCCAACUUCCCAACUUCUACGGAUGUUCUGAUCGCUUCUGGCGGCUGGCUAGUCACAACAACUCAACAAUACGGCUGUUCCUGUUCUUGCCUCUGCCUGGCUGCCUGGCAGCUAUUCCUGGUGGGCGGUGAGCCGACAACUGGUUGUUCCUGCAGGCUGCAGCCUACGCCGCUGUUCCUAGCGCCCAGCGACUGGCUGCUUCCUGCUUGGCUACCCGUCUCCGAACUCCGGUGGCCGGCUGGCGGUGUACCGUGUAUGACAGUGACUAAAAUAUGAAGAAGCAGGGAGAUAUUGCCUCUCUUUUUCGCAAUCAUGCUACAAAGAAACAUAAGUUUAUUUCUUCUUCAUUAUCUCCGGAUGUUACUCAAGCGUCGACACCUCAAGAACAAGAGGAAGAGAGGAUAAAUGAAGAAAUUGUGAAUCCAAUGCCAUCUGCACCGCCAUCGCCAACACUUUAUGAUGUCAGUCGUCUUCCACAUGAUCCAUGUGAAAGACAACCUAUUGCAAGUUACCAUGCUAAUGAUCACGAUGCAAUUCGAAGAGCAUAUAUUCUUAGAGGUCCAUUUCAACCAUAUGCACAUGAAUUCCCAAAUAGGAAAAUUGGAGAUAGAGAUUGCCGUUUUAAUUUUGUGUGGUUUCAAAAUUUUCCUUGGAUUGAAUAUAGUGUCAAGAAAGAUGCUGCAUUUUGCUUUAUGUGCUACUUAUUCAAAAGUAAAGAAAAUAAGGGCAAAGGGACUUCUUCAUUUACUUCAGAUGGUUGGAAUAAUUGGAAUAAAGGGUCUGAAGCACUUCUAAAACAUGUGGGUUCUAUGUCACAUAAGACAGCCGAAGAGAAAUAUCUUGGCUUUAUAAAUCCUAAUGCAGCAAUUGAUAAUAAAAUUGAGAAGUGGAGUGAUGAUGAUCGCAAUGUAUAUAAGAUAAGGUUGACAUAAGUUUGAAGUUUCUUUUACAUCAAGGAUUGUCAUUCCGUGGACAUGAUAAAAGUGAAGAGUCUAGCAACAGAGGAAACUUUAUUGAAAUCUUGAAAUUUCUUGUUGUAAAUAGUGAAGAGGUCAACAAGUAUGUUCUUAACAACGCUCCAGGUAAUUGCACUUUGACUAGCCCAAAGAUACAAAAGCAGAUUAUUCAGUGUUGCGCUAUAGAAACUAGAAAGAAAAUAAUUGAAGAGCUUGGGGAAGAGCCAUUUGCAAUUUUAGCGGAUGAGUCUAGUGACAUAUCACACAAAGAACAACUUGAUCUUUGCUUGCGUUAUGUUGAUGCAUUAGGAAGACCAUGUGAGCACUUCAUUGGAGUUGUUCAUGUAGAUGAUACUAGCUCUUUAUCACUUAAGGAUGCAAUUGAAGCUUUACUUCUUAGUCAUGGCUUGACUUUGACAUGAAUUCGUGGACAAGGUUAUGAUGGGGCUAGCAACAUGAGAGGUGGUAUUAAAGGAUUGAAAACAUUGAUCAUGCAAGAGUCACCUUCUGCUUAUUAUAUCCAUUGUUUUGCACACCAACUUCAACUAGUUCUUGUUGUUGUUGCCAAGGGAAAUAAUGAUUGUGUGUGGUUUUUGAUCAAGUAACUCUCUUAUUGAAUAUCAUUGGAGUUUCUUGUAAGCGCCACGGUAUGCUUCGAGAUGCUAGACUUGAGAAUCUCAUGAAAUCACUUGAAUGUGGUGAACUUGAAACUGGGAGAGGAUUGAAUCAAGAGAUGGGGUUGCGUAGGCCUGGUGAGACUCGAUGGGGCUCUUCUUACAAAACUAUAUGCAACAUAAUUACUAUGUAUCCUGUAAUCUGAGAUGUUCUCAUGAUUCUUGGAGAGGAUACUACAAUUAGAAGUGAUUGGACAAGGAUACAUUCUAUGCUUGGAGCAUUUGAGUCAUUUGACUUUGUUUUUGAUGCACACUUAAUGUUUGUUAUUCUUGGAUAUACAAAUGAUUUAUCAGUGUGUUUGCAAAGAAGGGAGCAAGAUAUUAUUGAUGCAAUUUCACUUGUUAAUGUGGCAAAGAGAAGAAUGCAACAGUUAAUGCUUGAUGGUUGGGAUCAAUUCCUUCAAAGAAUCACUUCAUUUUGCAACAAAUAUGAUAUCCAAGUUCCUGCUAUGGAUGGAAAUUAUAAGCCUUAUGGAAGAUCAUCACGAUUUGUUCAUAACCAAACUAAUGAUGACCACUUCAGAAGAGAAGUAUAUAUUGUGGUCAUUGAUCAAAUUAGCCUAGAGCUUGAUAGUCGGUUUAGUGAGGCUAAUAUGGAGCUGCUUUCUUGUAUGUCAGCCUUGGAUCCUUCCAACUCUUUUGCUUCUUUUGAUGCACACAAGGUACGAAAGCUAGCUGAUUUCUAUCCUAAUGACAUGUCAAGCACUGACUUGUUAAAACUUGACUUGCAACUUGACAAUUAUAUUGAUGGCAUAAGAGAAGAUGAUAUAUUCAAAGACAUAACUAAUCUUGUGGACCUCUCAGUUAAGCUUGUUGAAACAAAGAGACAUGAGGUGUUUGAUAUGGUUUAUUUGAUUCUCAAAUUGGUAUUGCUUUUGCCUGUGGCGACAGCAAGUGUUGAAAGGGCAUUUUCUGCAAUGAGUUUGGUGAAGACUAAAUUGAGAAACAAGAUGUGUGAUAGUCUUUUGGAUGAUUGUCUUGUUACAUACAUCGAGAGGGAUAUUUUCUUCGAAGUGAAUGAAGAAAAUAUAAUUGAAACUUUUAUGGCCUUGAGGAAGCGCAGGCCAGAUAAGUAGUA